AUGAUUAGUGAAGAUAAAAUAAUUUAAUAAAGAAGAAGAUCUCAUUAAAAAUAUGAAUUAGGGAGACUUCAAAAAAGUGAAUUGAUAUAGGUUGAUCAUUAUACAUCUGAUGAAUUAUAUGAAAAAUAAAAAACUUAAGGUAUUAGCCCAGUCAACUAUAAAAUUAAUAAUCGAUAAUAAUUUGCAUUACCAAAAAUUUAACAUUCUCCAAAUAUUAAAACAAAUAAAUAUAUAGGAGAAUAUAAUAAUAUGUUAGGGAUUAUAACUAGUAAACAUUAGAUUCCACAUCGAAAUAAUAGCUCAAAUAGAAAUGCCUGUUACAAUCAUAAUCAUGAUAAAUUUAUAGAGAGAUAAAACUUUGUAAUCAAUUAAUUUUUUAGGCCAAGGAAACUGGGAUCUUGUAGAUGA